UUCGCUUUAACUCGCAGGCGCUGUAUUUCAACAUGGCGACGCCCAGUGAGUUGUCUCUCGAAGAAAUAAGGAAAUAUUUAUUGGAAAACGGUGGCUCCGCUCGCAAUCACGACUUGGUUAAAUAUUUUAAAAAAUUUCUCACCGAUCCCGAAACUCGAGUCGAGUCGAGAAAUCGGUUCAAGGAGUACGUCAAUACCUUAGCUGCCAUUAAAAAUGAGGAUGGUGAAAAAUACCUGGUCCUUAAAAAAAAAUACCGACUCGGGUCGCUUUCACCGUCCGCAUCGUCGUCCUCGUUGAAGGGGUUGGGAUCGCCCGGCGCCUCUGCGACCCCCGUAGAUUUUCCAACCCCGAUUUCAUCUCCGAGAGAACCCCCGCCGUACAGACCUCCGCCUGUGGCAUCGCCAACUUCGAAUUUACCCUCGAACGUAGAUACGGCUAAUCAGAGAUCUGCCGAAGAUUCGGAUCUUCACGAUGAACUCGAGGAGACCGAGGAGGCGCCAUCGAGGAACAGGGAAUAUUCCAGCAUCUCCGAAAACACUUCCGUUUCAUCGCCACCGAUUCCUCCGCGACGAAAAAGUCAGGACAAAUUGCGUGUUGAUAAUAACAAGGAAAAUGUCGUUCCCGAAGCUCCCAUUAAGGAGGACGACGGUCCUGCUUCCGCAACGACAACGACGUCUGCCGAACAACUGAGUGUUCGCGAAAGGAUGCAACGUUUCAACAAGAUGGCUAGCGAGACCGAUCUUCACGGUCGUAUCAACGGUUCGACAACGCCCACUAAGAAACGCUCCGAUAAGGGUACCGACGAUGAUGAUAGAGCUUCGGUUGCCUCGCAAUUGGACGGAAAAUCAAGAGAAUGGCUCGUUCGCGCUGCUCAAGGGGACUAUCAAGCUUUAGCUAAACUGGCAGCCGAGGAACCCCGACUCGCCAGAUUGAGGGAUCCAUCAUCCUAUACCGCAUUGCACUGGGGUGCGAAACACGGAAAUGAGGACAUCGUAAAACUGAUCGCCGGGACACACAAGGACUACAUAAAAGGAGUCAACGAAACUACGAACGGGGGAUACACGCCUCUUCAUAUCGCGAUGCAAUUCGAUCACGAGAAUAUAUUCAAUUUAUUGGUACAAGUUUACGGGGCGAACCAGGAACUCAGGGAUCACAGUGGUAAAAAAGCACGGCAGUAUCUGGCGUCGCAAGAGGCGGCCGUCAGUCAAGACACCUUUCGUAAAAUAAAAGCAAGGAAAAAGCAUGCAGAGAAAGAUCUUGGUUUCCUACGAAUUGGCUCAUUGAACGUCCGCGUGAAACGUACGACGGAAGCCUUCAGUCAAUUUCUGGGUGUGGCGAGUAGCAACGUGACGGCAACAAACGAGAAGAUUCACAAAACCUGGGGAUCCGCAGAUAAUAUUCAAACGGAACACAAAGUAAUGCCACCUCCGAAGUACGCGCCCAUAAAAAAACGGCGAAGCAAACGAGCCCAAGACUUCUCGUCAUCUCGGGAGGGCUCUUUAUCGAAUCAAGUGAAUACCAAUCCUCAACCUCGAGGGCAGAGUCAACUUCCACGAGCCCCUCAUCGCACGUCGCAACAGCAACAAUUGAGAUCAACGGUCGUUAAUUCUGCGACCGCAGUUACAGCCGUAACUCAAAAUGAUUCAGAUUCUGAUAACGCUUGCGGAUUUGAUUCCGCAUGGCGGGGAUCAGCCCUUCUGUGAAUUGAUUCAUAUUCAUUCAUUCCUGUUUUACGUUUAUUUUCAUGUGAAUUUUAGUUUCCUUUUUUAAUGAUAUUCAAGGUAACUUUUUGAUGUUGUUUUUCGGACGUUGCUCCUACGGAAUCUCAAUGAAUCAGAAUAACGUGUGGUGGAAUUUGGCAGAUCUUUACUUAACUAAUAACCGAAUAGUGUAAAAUGAAUGUAGUCUACGAUUAAUCGUCGCACAAUUAUUUGAAUCUCGCUUUUUGCAAACACUGUAUCUUCUGUAAUUUAUUGAAAUACAUAUAUUUGUCUCCUGCAAAAA